GUGAGUCCAUCAUGGCAGUGGUGGCAGGUUGGAGUGGCUCCAUCAGUGGAGGUGUGAAGAGGAGCAGCUGUUCACACCAUGGCAGACCUGGAACCUGAGAGAGAAGUGGGAAGGAACCAGGGGCAGGGGUUGGUGUCAUUUGAGGAUGUCUCUGUGGACUUCACCUGGGAGGAGUGGCAGGACCUGGAUGAUGCUCAGAGGAAGCUCUACAGGGAUGUGAUGCUGGAGACCUACAGGAGCCUGGAGUCCUUGAAUCAGUGUGAUACCAAACCUGAGUUGAUCCUGAAGUUGGAGCAGGGAGCUGGGCCAUGGAAGGAAGAAGAUGCCCUAAACCGAAGGCUCCCAGCUGUGGAGAAUGUGAAGAGACUGAACGAGACCAGUUGGGACAAUCAAAAGAGACAUUUGAACCACCUGGUAAUCACUGGCAACUCUUCAGCUGAGAAGAGGGUCAAAUUUGGGAAAAGAUUUAAUAUGAGUUCCAACCAUGUUUUACACCUGGCUAUUAAGAAUAGGAACUCUUCUGAAAUGAGAUCUGAGGUGCUUGAUAUAUGGGAAAAUGUGUAUCUCCCUGAUGAACCCAGUGUAAUGCAGCCUAUAGAGGAACUUGAUCACCUUACUACAACCAAGAUGUCAUACAGACCUCCUGAGCCUCUUAGUGUGGAUCACGGUGUUGAAAGUGAGCAACAGCACUUUCUGUAUAGUCAACACGAUGAAGCCUUCAAUGGGAACACUGUGUGGACACGUAAGGUAUUUCCUUUGGGAGAUAAUCCAAGUAAGUUAAAGGAAUACAGGAAAGCCUUUGGUAAGUUAGGUCCUAGUGCCCAAGAGGGGACUCACAUAAGGGAAGACACUUUUGAUUGUAACUUUUGUAAGAAAUCAUUCUCUGACAAGUGUAACCAUACUCAGCAUUUUAAAACAUGCAUAAAAAACAAAUAUGAUAAAUGUACUGAUUGUGAACCCACAUUCAAUACAAAACCAGGCCUUAUAAACCUUCGGAGCACUCUGAAUGCAUGGGAAAAGCCCUGUGGGUGUAGUGACAAUGAGAAAUGUGUGUGUCAGAUGCCAAAACAGAGGAUUAAUCAGGGUGUCUUCUCAAGUAAGGAGAGUAAUUGUGUGAAAAAAUUAUGCCCAAAGUUAAAUUUCAGUGUGCACCAGAGACCUCACACAGGUAAAAAACCCCAUGAGUGCAAUACAUCUGCAAAAAUCAACAACCAACCUCGUAGACAUCACAGAUGUGGGAGAACCUAUCAAUGUAAAGUAUGUGGGAAAGCCUUUAAGCACACACAAAAUCUCUACUUACACUACAGAACUCACACUGGUGAGAAGCCAUAUGAGUGUAAAGAAUGUAAGAAACUAUUCAGUGUAAAGUCAAAUCUCAGUGUACAUCAGAAAACUCAUACAGGCGAAAAACCCUAUGAGUGUAACAUAUGUGGAAAUGCCUUUAAAAGGAGGUGUGACCUAACUAUACAUCAGAGAGUUCACACAGGUGAGAAGCCCUAUGAAUGUAAAGAGUGCAGAAAAACUUUCAGUAUCAAGUCAGGGCUCAUUGUGCAUCAGAGAAUUCACACAGGUGAGAAACCAUAUGAGUGUAAUGUAUGCGGAAAACGUUUUAACCAGAAGUCAAAUCUCUCUACACACGAGAAGAUUCACACAGGUGAGAAACCCUUUGAAUGUAAAGAAUGUAGGAAAUCAUUUAGUGUCAAGUCAUAUCUCACUAUACAUCAAAAAACUCACUUGGGUGAGAAACCUCAUGCAUGAAAUCUGGGCAAGCCUUCUAUCAGAAGACAAACCUCUACAGACAUCAUAGAGCUUGCACAGGUGAGAAACCCUAGGUUCAUAAAGAAUGUAGGAAAAGUCAUUUGUCAUCUCUCCCUGAACCUCAGAGAGUUCAGAGGUGAAGAUCCCUGUGGAUGUAAAGGCUGCAGCAAUCAUCAGUCUUAAGUCACAUCUCAUAAUUAGUGAACCCAAAACACUGGUAGGUACCAGUGUGGGAUAUGUCCAAAGACUUCUGCUAGAUGCCAGACUUGAGUUGUUGGAGAAAUCUUACAGGUGAGAAACCCUCUGAAGGUAAGGUCUGGAAAUAAUCAGUCCUCAGCAAGACUGGAGAAUUCAUACUGAUGAGAAGCCCUGUGAGUGUAGUUAUGUGGAAAGCCUGUUAGUCAGAAGUCCCAUCUCUGUGAAUUUGAGUUCACAAAGCAGAGAAGGCCUGUGAAUAUGAGGAAUGUAGGAAAGCACUUCAGACGUUUGUAACCUCUUCAUGUGUCUCACAGAAUUGAGAGUUGAGAGAUACUUAUCAGUGCAAUCUAUAAAACAGUCACCUAUCACCUGCCACAUGUCAAAGCUGUCUACACAUUAGAGAAAUCUCACAGUUGAGAGAUACUCACCAGUGCAAUCUAUAGAAAGGUCACCUACUACAUGUCAGAGCCGUCUACACAUUACAGAAGUCUCACAGUUGAGAGGCCUUCUGAAUGUAAGGACUAGGAAACAUUUCCAACAAAUGUACAUCAGAGUACUCAGAAAUGCAAAGGGGAGGCGCUCUCAGCAGCAGAUACAACUCACUGCAUGUCAGACAUACACAGCCAAGUAACUGUUUGGAUGCAGUGUGUAGAGAAACCUGUUCCUAGAUGUCAGAUCUCAGCAGUCAUUAGGUGAGGAGCCCUCUGAAUGUGAGGAAUCCUUCACUGCAUACCAAAGAAGACACAUAGGAUAAGCCAUAUCAAUUCAAUAUGUGCAAAAUCUUGGUUCUGUAAGAUGGACAUCUGCCUUCCCUGGAGAACCAUAUGGGCACAAAACCCUGUGAAUAUAGAAACGGAAAAAAACCUGUGAAUUUAAAGAAUGUAGAAAAUAUCUCAUUCUUGGGGUGUGUGUAAGAGCUCACACAGCUAAACAUGCUCCCACCUAGGUAAGUAUAACAGACAUUUGUGUGCAUCAGAAAACCCCUCACUGCUGAGAAACCACAAGAGUGGUAUAUGUGGACAAGACUUUUACCAAAUGGAAACCCUCUGGCUAGCUCAUGGGCUGGAAGUACAUGAAUGCAAUGGAUGUGGACGCGCUUUUAUAGGAAGUUGACCUCCACAUUGGAGAAUCCAUUAGAGAUGAAAUGCUGUUAACGUGGAAAAGCCUAUCUAGAAUGGUAAUGGAUAUAGAAAAUGUCAUUGUGAGAAGUCCUGUAAGCAGAGGUCUCAUGUGCUAAGAUUUACCGUUUUGUUCUAAGACUGGCAGCCUGUAUGUGUAGUGUUAUGGAGAGAACAUGGCCAGAGCUCUAUAGGAAUUUUAACAUUUGUGAUGACUUUUCUUUCUUGCCUCAACCCCCAAUUCCUGCAGUACAUUAUCCCGGGAUUUGUACUUAUGGUCUGAAAGCAAAUAAGAUUAUCUGUGGAGAGAAGUGGGUGUAGAGAAGGACACUGAUUUACAGACAUGCUUCAUUGGAGAGAGCAGAGGUUUUAUAUGUGUUUAUAAAUCUCUUGUUUGUAUGAGUGAUAUAACCUUUUUGCAACAUAAUGCAAAAUCAUUGUAACCCAUUUUAAAAGUAUUUCAGAUAGGGGACCUUUCAUGCUAGAAAAUUCACCCAGGAGAGGGCCCUUCUUGUCACUUUUGUAUUUUCAAGCCAUUUAAAUGGAGAAAAAGAAACAUGAAAUUUCAGUAAAUUCUAAAUGCCUUACCUGGCACCAAGACUUUGUCUCAAGAAAAGAUUGUUGAAUAUGCCAGAUGAUAAAUAUUUAUGAUGGUGCCUGAUGCAGUGGUUUGGUCCACAUUUGAGGACAUCUGUGUUUGUCACAACCACAGUUUGAGAGAUGCAGCUGACACUAGUGGAUACCAGGAAUGCCGCUGAACUGAAGGACUGUUGUCCUUUCCUGAGGAGGUACGGACAGAUAUGUACUCGGCCCAGAUAGGGCACUGACAACAGACCAAAUACACAGUUCUGUCAAACUGCAGUCCCACCAGUUGAGUGUGUGUGAGUAUGGGUGAGAGGUUGCCUAACAAGCACAGGAGUGAUUCCGCAGCUGCAUCACUGAAAAGACCCCAGCCUGGGGAGGACUCUUGAAAACUGAAACAAAGUGGGUCACAUAGGGUUAGGCAAUCUCCCCCCACCCCCAGAAACCCUUCCCGCUUUUAUAAACAUGGGAAUGGGCCUCGUGAAUCUUAUACAUUUUCGGGGUAUAUUUCCUAGUCUUAAUGAGCCUUCCUCCAGGAUGGGAAUGUUUUAAUUCAGAGGGUACUGAUACACAUCAGGCACAACAUACCCUGAUGUAUGUAAGGUUUGUGCAUAUGAUUUUAUCACAUCAACAGAUGUUCUCUGUAUUCGGGGACAUGCAGGAAAUACACUUAUUGUAAUGGUUAGUGUGAUUUCAUUAAGGUUUUCUACAUUAAAUACUAUCCUAGCCUGUUUACAUCUUGUGAGUCUCUAGUUUGUAUUUUCUUAAUCUUUUAACAUAUAAAUGUAUAUGGUGAUUGUCACCAACUGUCUGCUAAGUAUUGAUGUUUGUGUUUUUCUAAGAUGGUGAUGUCUUAAAGUGAGCCAGUGUUUCUAAGAGAAUAAGUAUCAGGGUAGAAAAACAUGAAUAAAGAUAUUUUUCA